AUGUCAUUCGGCCAGGGUGGAUGCAAUCCCAAUGAAGGGAUGGAUGAGUUUUAUGGAGGUAUCAAUCCACAGUGGCCGUCACCAUAUGGAGCAGUUAGCAAUCCAUACAAUGCACCACCGCCGUAUCAAGCUUCGGCAAUCCUUACACCAAUCAGUCUGCCAGACACCUCAUAUGCUCAUACCCGGACUAGCCCGGGACUAAGCCAUCACUCGCAGGAGUAUCAGUACCCGGUUUCCGACUCCGUUGCCCAUCAUGGUCUAGGGAUUACCACAUCUUAUCCCAGCGAGCUUAUUCGAGACCCUCAAUAUGGCCUCGGGUUCGCACCCAGCGGAUAUGGGAAUAGAGAAGAGACUCUCUCUCCCCAGCCAUCGAAGAAAAGGGCCCGGAGGGAAUCCAGGCAGUCCGUGGCCCGCGAACCACCAGUAAAUAUUCUUCCGCAUCCAGAAGGGCUUCAGCGCCUAGAAGAGCAGCAAAGGCAGAGCUUUGCCGGCCCCAGCACUCAGCCGGCCCGGGCACCUGGACGCGGGCGUCGGAACCCGCAAGCAGAAGAAGAAGAUGCCUUUGUGGACAGCCUUCGCCAGCAAAAACUAGCAUGGAGAGUAGUCCGAGACAUGUUCCGGGAGCGAUACAACAAAGAUGCCACCGAGGCGCGCCUGCAGAUGCGGCAGCGCAGGCGGAAGGAGCGAAUGGCCCGGUGGGAUGACCAUGAUGUUCGGAUACUUUUACAGGCUAGAAGUUGCUGGGAGCGAGAGAAGUACAAGUUUAUAGCACAGAAAAUGACAGAACUGGGGGCCACCACUACGUAUACAGCAGACCAGUGCGAAACGCAAUUAGAUCUCAUUGAUGCGCAGGAACGAGAAAGGGAACGAGAUGAACAAGAACAAGAUAAUACCCAACAACAGCGGCAACCACCACAAACACCCGAACUCCGACGCAAGCGACGAAGAACAGAGCCAAAUGAAGCAGGAGACAGCACAACCUACCAGAGAAAGACAAGAACGAAGACCAAUACGACAACCUAA